AUAAAAAAGAUGCCUUUCGAGCAUGACUGUCCAACAACAAAGCUAGAAGAUAGCAAAAUGGCAUCCCAAGAUUGGGUUGCAGAGAAGCUCGGAGAUUGGGUGAAGAAAAACCCUGGGGCGGGCGCAAAACAAGCUAUGGUGAAGCUGCAGGAUCAAUAUAACUUCAAGUUGAAGUAUAGUAAGGCUUGGGCAGGUAUGCGUCUAGCUCUGGACAAGAUCAAUGGUAAAUACGAGGAUUCUUUUCAGCUGUUGUUUAGUUGGAAAGCAGAAAUCGAGAGGAAGAGUCCUGGAAGCAUAGUUGAAAUUGAAUUAGCUAAGAUCAAUGAUAAGUAUCAUUUCAGUAGAGUCUUCGUAGCUUUUAAGCCCUGCAUAGAUGGUUUUUUAGCUGGUUGUAGACCAUACAUAGGAGUAGAUGCAACCGCACUAAAUGGAAAGUAUGUUGGUCAGCUAGCAUCAACAACCGCAGUAGAUGGACACAACUGGUUGUACUACGUAGCAUAUGCUGUGUUUGAUUUAGCAACCGCAAAUGUUGGAUAAGAUAAGAGAGCUCGUUAUGGUUAAGUUCAAUGUGAGGAGGCAGAUUUC